CCCAGUCCCCUGUCUUGGUGCCUGAGGCGCAGCGCAGCUCUGUGGAAAGUUGCUCCUGUCUCCGGCGGUGUCGCGCUCCUCUCUGCUGUCACUUCACUUCCCACCUCCGUCAUGCCUUUCCUCCUCCUCCUGCUGCAGACAUGGGAGUUACCGGCUGCAACUGGAAACUAACCGACUCUGCUGCGCCUUCUGUCUGCGUUCAGGGCUCCAUCACCAGCCGGGGACACCCCGCAGCGCGGAGCUGAGCCUUUUCUUAUCAGUUCCACCCUUUUCUGUGAUUUGUUCGUUUGGUUCCGCGUCAUUAAUGGACUCCGGGAGCUGCGUGUGAGAUUGUUUGCAAUUUCCGUUCACGCAGCUGAAGAUGGAGACGGUGAUGGAGAGGGAGUGCAGCGCGCUGGGGGGGCUUUUCCAGACUGUCAUUGGAGACAUGAAGGGCAGCUACCCUGUCUGGGAUGAUUUUAUCAGCAAAGCCACCAAACUGCAAACACAACUAAGGACAACGGUUGUCGCAGUAGCCGCUUUCCUGGAUGCCUUUCAGAAAGUGGCUGAUCUGGCAACGAACAGUCGAGGAGGGACCAGGGAUAUCGGUUCAGCGCUCACCAGGAUGUGCAUGAGGCAUCGCAGCAUUGAGGCCAAGCUCCGUCAGUUUUCCAUGGUGUUUCUGGACUGCCUGAUUAACCCUCUCCAGGAGCAGAUGGAGGAGUGGAAGAGAGUGGCCAAUACUCUGGACAAAGACCAUGCCAAAGAGUAUAAAAAAGCCCGUCAGGAGAUCAAAAAGAGAUCAUCAGACACUUUGAAGCUGCAGAAGAAAGCAAAGAAAGCUGAUUUUUUCGGUCGCGGAGACCUUCAGCCCCAGCUGGACAGCGCCAUGCAGGAUGUCAGCGAUAAGUACCUGCUGCUGGAGGAGACGGAGAAGCAGGCGGUGCGAAGGGCGUUAGUGGAGGAAAGAAGUCGUUUCUGCAUUUUUGUCUCCAUGCUGCGGCCAGUCGUGGAUGAGGAGAUGUCCAUGCUGGGGGAGAUCACCCACCUCCAGACUCUCACAGAUGAUUUGAAGAUCCUGACCAUGGACCCACACAAGCUGCCUGCCUCCAGUGAGCAGGUAAUUGUAGAUCUGAAGGGCUCGGAGUGCACCUGGUCUUACCAAACUCCUCCCUCCUCUCCAAGCACCACCGUAUCCAGGAAGUCCAGUAUGUGCAGCAGCCUGAACAGCGUGAACAGCAGCGACUCUCGCUCCAGCGGCUCACACUGCCACUCCCCCACCUCCCACUUUCGUUACCGUGCCUCAUCCUCCUCAUCCUCCUCAGUGCUGCCCCAGCAGACGCCGGCCCGUCUCUCUUCGGUCUCCUCCCAUGACUCUGGUUUCAUUUCCCAGGAUGCCUACCAGUCGAAAUCCCCUUCACCGAUGCCUCCAGACAACUUGCAGUCUGUCAAUGAGGAGUCCUCCUCUUCCUCUUCCUCCCCCUCACAUCCUGAGCCCAGCUCCGGGCAUCAACAGUUGCCAAACAGCUUUGACCAUCACGCUGCCCUCUGUCUUCACGGAGUGGUCCUGCAGGGCCUGGACACCCACCUCCACCCUUCAUACUUCACCUACUCCUCUUCCUCCACCACCUCCUCCCCCAUCUCCUCGCCCUCCUAUCAGUGUGUUUCACCUACCUGGACGUGGUCUCGCUCAGGUGUCAGUCAAAAGGGAGAGCUCUCGCCUCCCGGCCCGUCAGGGAUUGGAGCAAUUCCAUCGUCCAGAGUCCCAUCCUGGAAGGACUGGGCCAAACCAGGUCCGUACGACCAGCCAAUGGUUAACACUCUGAGGCGGAGUAAAGACAGGAGAGAUACUACAGAUCCCAGCAACCACCACGGCUCUGAUGUCACCACCCCAGUAGAGGACCAACAGGGGUUUAAAGGAAACCACACUAUGAUGUCUUCAAAAGGGGAGAAGGAGGCCCACGAGGAGCUGGCCAGGGCGCUGGCCCGAGGCCUCCAGCUGGACAUCCACGGCUCCAGCAGGGACUCGCUGCAGGGCUCCAGUGGCUACAGCAGCCAGACCAACACACCCUGCUGCUCAGAGGACACCAUCCCCUCACAAGUGUCAGACUGUGACUAUUACUCUGUCGGUGCUGAUCAAGAGGGCGAGCAUCAGUCAGACUUUGAUAAGUCCUCAACCAUCCCGAGGAACAGUGACAUCAGUCAGUCCUACCGCCGCAUGUUUCAGUCCAAGCGCCCAGCUUCCACUGCCGGUCUGCCUUCUAAUCACUCAGCCAUCAUUACCCCUGGGGUGGCUACGAUUCGACGGACUCCAUCAUCCAAACCCAACUUACGUCGACCCUCUGGGGCCAACUUGGGUCCCAUCCCUAUCAAGCCCCCUAUGAUCCCAGUGAAAACCCCUACUGUGCCUGAACAUCCUGGUUUCCCAAGCAGAGCGGAAGAUGGUAAUACACCACGGAACCCAUUAAGCCUCCCAACCACCCCUUUGUCACCUGGCAGCAACGAGCCGCUGUCACCAAAGUCCAUCGCUUGGGGAACCCAGCGGCCAGACGAAGGAUCAGAUCCUCCAACCCCACCGCCUCAGCCGGGCAGUCGGCUGACUGAAUGGGAACGUCGGCCUCUCCCUGAACUCCUGGAGGAGACGGAGUACUGCGAGAUGGAGGACUUUCUGGUGACUAUCCGGCGAGGCGUUAAACUCAAGAAGACGAUGUCCAAUGACCGAUCGGCUCCUAUUAUUCACUGAAACCACCAGGGUCAACUGGACUACACAUUCUGUCACUUUCCCAAUAUUGUCUUGAAAGGACAGAAAAUGACUGUGGUAAGAGUUACAACCUGAAAUUGUGCCAAAAUAGUUGGAAGUUGCCCUGAGACUGAUUGAGGAUCAGUUUGAGUGUAAGAAAAAAGUUGAAACAAGAAACUUUGACCAUUGGCACCUUGGAUGAGUCGGCUUUGCUGUACAUGGUUUCACAAAGAGGACGAUCAGUUAAAAAGACAAAGAAAAGUUGGACUUAUUCCAUUUUACAAACAAGCAUUCACGCUGAGAACCCCAAUACUGGUUCUAAAUUAGGGAAAGUUUGGUCAGAAUCAGGGAGGUGUUGAAGGCGUCUUAGUUGCAUUUGACCAGUAGAGAUAACUAUAAUGGUCACUGAUCUGAGAUUUUUGCCUCAGGACAACUUCAAGAUGUAGAAGAAGGGAAAUGAUGUACUUAUCGAUUUUGAGAGAGUCAGAUAAAGUCUUUCUGGAAGAGGAGAAGGCUUAAAUGAAAUGGAAAGAGAACAAAAUUAAAUAGAAAGAUUCUGAGCAACUGAGCAAUUUCAAAAGAUUAACUGAUUCUGUGUAUGUAAAUAUUCAAAUUUCUUUUGUUCUUUGCUCAUUUCACAUCCUCAUAGUCACCCUUUUUCAACUUAAUGUGCCAAAACACCCAAAAUAAUUUCCAUGUACCUGAAAUGAUACCAGUUCUGUGUGACUGGUUUUCUGUUUUAUAGGGUAGCGCAUAGAGUGAAAUCCAUCACUACUGAUGGUUUAAUGCUACAGUUAAACAGUAGACUGCCCUGCAUGAUGUUACAGUUUAAGUCAUUUUUUUAGAUUUUAAAAUGAAACAAAUUCCAGCAUUGAUUGCAGUUCAGUAGGCUAAAUCUGCUUUACUGUGCAAACCAAUCCAUGUCUGUAAACUUAAAAUUAAGAAAAAAUCUUUAGGUGCUGUUAAAUGUUAAUUUUUUUCUAAUCUAGGCUUGACUUUUGUUUUAAAUAUUUGUUUUCUGUAAAGCACUUUGAAUAAUUCAGACAAAUUGAAAAACUGCAACAGUUAGUGAUGAAUUACUGUAAACCUAUAUGUGCCAACGUUACUGUAUGUGUUAGCAUACAUAGCACUACUAGAGGCUGUUACUGCCUUUCUCUGGUAAUUGGAGUAAAUUGUAUUGGUCUUAUGUGGUGAAGCCUUUGUGCUGAUAUUAGCUGGCACUGGUGUAAGCAGUAGUGGAAAAUAUUUUAGUAAAAACAUUAUUUAGUCAGACUUUGAAGUUGAGUACCGUGCUACAGUAAACAGAGUAUUAAUGCAAAACACAAACAUGUGAGAAUUUGAAAUAGAGAUUUUUGGGGGACAAUCAUCAAAAAUUGAAAUUGCAUUAAAAUGUCAUUUUAGUUCAGUUUUAAACUUGGUAAAAGUCUUUCAAAGAAAGAGAUAGUAGAUUGGAAAAUCAAACAAAUUCUUUUUUUUUAUUUGCAAUCAUUUAGUGGAUGGAAUAAAUUUGCAUUGAGAAAUUGUAAUUUACAAAAUUACCACUGUCCUAAUUAUCGGAAACGCUAAUUACAUGCUUUUUUAUGUUGAUCAAUGUUUUUAGGAAAUUUUAAUUAUUAAUCCAAGACUUCCUGAUUUUGGUGUGUAUAAACAGAUCAUAAUAGAGGCCCAUUCCCCCUGCCAGAGGAAAUGCUUUUUAGGUAAGAUGUAUUUUGACAUACAGUCAGAAAUAGAGUCUCAUAAAAAUAGAUGCUUGCCUAACUUUGCCCAUCCCUACAAUCAGAGCAAUAAAGAAAAUGUUGAAAAUAGCUAGAACUGUGACAAAUCUUACUUGCCAACAUACACGGUGAACAAAAAGUUAGAGAAAUGUAUAAAAAAUUGACAUGUUUGGUUUCGAUUUUGGCCACUUUCGCCAAAAUCUUGAUAUAUGAGUUCAUUGCGGGUUGCCUAGUCCACUCGACUCUAUAUGCUCUCUUCCAUCACAAUUGAUAAAACAUGUUUGGCCCUCAAUGUUUGACCAUGGAAUUAUGGUUUCUAAUUAUCAUUAUUGGGUUUUUAAUUCUUUUAACUCUUCAAUUUCCACCAUUGAGACACAACGGUUAAAUUGUCCUGUCUUAAAAUCUCAUUUUGAAAGUAAAGAUUCAGUCUCACCCAAUUUUUCCUUCUAACUGUAAGUAUAUUUGCUAAAUGUUUAACAAUCAAAAAGGUUUAUAUGUUGGCAUUAGUGAGUAAACAACACAAUAACCUCCUUGUGCUGCCAGAAACUGCUAUAAAGUGGCAUCUUGACACAUUUAAAUUAUUUAUUCUUUUAAAUAUGUAUACUGUAUAUGCAUUUACAUUUCUAAAUUACCAGCUGUACUUUUACAGUAUAUGAAACCUAUAAAGAUAGUUAAUAUGCAUGAUAAUUCAUGCCUUUUUUGGUUCAAAAUUUUCCACUAGAACUCCUCCCCUUAGUUAGCAUCAAUCUAAAGGAUCCCAUUUACUAUUCCGCCCUGUAACGUUCCAUGUGAAUCAUAGAUGUCAUAUUUCUUGUGACUGCUGUGUCUGAGAACUCAAGCCUGUCCUGUUUCCUACUCCAGGUUUACAAUAACAGUUGUGUAGCUGAUGCGAUACCAAGCGUAUGAAGCUGAAUGUUUGAGCCUGUGACCAACCAACAAGAAACUUUGUGGGUGAUUUUCCUACUGAGGAUCGGUCGAUUAUCAGGAGUUGCAUCCAGUUGUAGCGUUAAAAUAUUCUGCUUGAUUAUCUGCACCGUUCCUCAGUGUGUUCAGUCAGAAAUGUUAUUUAAAGUUUAACUCAAGUUGGAUCUACAACCAUUUUUGUCGUGUGCUCGGUGUAUUUACAUGCCAUUUCUGUCAGUGUCUCCUUAAAACCCUUUAACGUUUGGCCUUUGACACAAGCUGCCAAUUUUUUUUACAGUGUAUGCUGAAUGAUCCUUUGAAUUUAGGUUUUGUAUGCUUUUCUUACUUCAGGUGCUCCUUUGUGAAGCUUUGCAAUCACUCCAUUGAUAAAUUGUUCCAGCUAUUUAUUUUCAACUGAUUAGUUUUUUGAGAAACUGUAAAGUUAUUGUUUUCCCCCAGUAAAACCUUUAUUUUAAUUUAUUAUAGGCUUAUAGUGGGCUACCUGGUGUACAUUCUGGCAUUUGUACAUUUGUAGAAAUGUUCUAAUUGUAUAAAAUUAGAACAUUUCAGUUGAUUUGACUAAAACCUCUGAACAUUAAGACAAGCAUGCUGUCUUGGGAACAUUUAUUUUUUUGGGGGGGGGGGGGGUUUGGAGGUGGGUUAUUCCUGAGGAGAUAGAUGCUAAGAAAAUAUUUGAUACAAGUUCUUGUUUGAGAUUUUGUUUUGUUCAUUUUGGUUUGCAUUUUUUUUUCUACUAUAAUUUUCAAAUUUAAGCACUCAGUGAUAGCAGUAAAAAUUGACACCCAGAAGAACAGAUUCCUGGGAAAACAGAUGUUACCAUUAAAUCAGGAAAGUAAUCAUUCUGUAAGACUUGCUAACACAAGUUUUAAAAAACAUUCGGGGAUAUAAAUACUAAACUCCUAGCCUAAUUGUCAAACCCACCUCCAAAAAAGUUAAACUAAAAUUACUUCAAAUUUGUCCACAAUCACAUCCUUACUAAUGCUAAUGAUGUUGUAUGAGACAUGCUUGUUUUUUUCUCUCCCUUUGGCAAGGUUUUGAAUAUCUGAUUUUCUUAUUCCAGUUAUUUCAUUCAGUUGUCACACGAAUGUAAAUUUUUCUACCGUUAACUCAGAUGAAUAAAUUCCCCACAAGCUUUUAACACAAUAAAAAUUAAAGCUGGA